CUCAACAGACUCCCUCCACAUGUCUAGCACGGUGGCGCUGGGUUGAGGACAUCCAGAUCGGCUCCAAGCUUCCUCCCCACUGGCUCGACAUACCCUUCUCAUCGCCCGGGGUCUCCGGCGCGAGACGCAGCGGCUGCAAUGUUCCUCUGCAAAUGCCCGCAGCUGACGCCGCUCCAAUCCCGUUUCCUCGCCUCGUUGGCUGCACUGGCCACCAUCGCUUUGAUAUACUGGUCUUUGUCAGAUGUACACUUUGCGUAUGCCGCUGAAUUGGCCGUGGACGGGAGCGGACAGUUGAGGGACGGAGGAGACGACCACAAUUGGCAUCGGAUAGUGGAUGUCCAACUACAAGAGGAUGGGAUAGUUGAUCAAGAUGUCUCCCACACCCUGCAUGCCCGCGCAGUGCCCACCCAGACGACGGCUGGGAACAACUAUGCGAAUGCCGACAAUCUCCAACCCGGCGACACGACGGUUUGGAUAUUCCCCAACGAUCAAUUGACCGGCCCACAUACCGCUCGCGGUCCUGGACUGCCUCGCGACGUAGACGAAGAGGAUGAGGUUGAGGCAGCCCAUCCCGACCUUCGACGAAGAGACGAGGACACUGGAGAGAGUGAUACUGCCGAGCUGGAAACCAGACAAGACAAUACGGCAAGCGAGAUAUACAUUUCCGUCAACACCUGCAAUCAGCCUCUGUACGCUGGUGAUGGUGUUCAAUCCGCUGCUCCUCCGCAGCUGACGCUCUACGUUUCCACCUCCGCCGACAAUGCGUCCCCCGCACCUGGCCAAGAUGCCUCCACCCAAGCGGAGAUUCCGCUCACUGAAGGCUACGCAAAUUACUCCACCUCCGUUUCAGGCGCUGGGUACAUGUCAGUGCAUGCACCUGAGCUCCCCAGCAACUUCACGGGAGUAUGGAACUACGAAAUUGCAGUCUCUAUCGACGGCUUCUACCAUAACAUCGGUGGGAAUGGCUCCAACCUCUACCUCAUCGACUCCGACUCCACUGCAGCGCUGCUCGUCACGAACAACCUCACGCAGGCCAACCCGGGCUCCAAAUCGUACAAUCAGUGGAUGAAUCUCACUGCGCCAUACGUCGUCUUUGCCAACAAUCAGAAUCGCACGGCUACGAUGGGUAUAUCGAGGUCAUAUUGCGGCUUGAAUCAGAUCUCCCAAGUCAUCGGCAAGCAGAUGGAUCCUACUGGGGAAUUCACGAACGUCCAGAUGGAGAUGAUCACCCGGGGAAUUGGGGGAAAGCCCAAAGAGCAAUUCUAUAUCACAUAUCUCAACCGCUCCAGCAACUACCACGCCACCCUCGCCCAGCCCGGCAAUUCUACCGCAUCUGGCAAUGGAGUGGUGGGUGGAGGCGGUAUUGUCUGGCCACAAAUGUCUUUCACCACCAAGACCGACGGCAAUUGUGCCUUGCUUUACAAUCUCGACUUCUGUGAUCAAGUCGCAUAUGCCGUGCCCAGCUCCCCCGACCGAGUCGACAACUACGCGACCUUCCAAAACUUCUACGACAACAACGCCCUCACCUGGUUCCAAAACUUCAACUACAGUCUUCAGCAAAUCCCCUGCGAUACCGACUCCGCCUCCCAGUACUCGCUCGCCCGCAAUUGCUCCGACUGCUACCAAGCAUACAAGCAAUGGCUGUGCGCCGUCUCCAUCCCACGCUGCGAGGACUUUACCAGCGAUGCUACCUACCUCCAAAUUCGCAACGUCGGCCAGCCAUUCCUCAACGGUACCAUGCUGCCCGACGCCUACCUGAAUCAGAACUACGUCCCGAUGUCCAAUGCACCUACCAUUCAAGGCAGCUUGGCUUUCGUCCAGACCCUCAUAUCGUCGGUUGCCACGAACCAGUCGCGCAAUCCUGCUAUUGAUGCGCAUAUCGCCCCCGGACCGUACAAGGAGGUCCUGCCCUGCGAAGACUUGUGCUACAACCUGGUCCAGAGCUGUCCAGCCGCAUUGGGCUUCGGCUGCCCGUAUCCUGGUCGAGGGCUGGAGGUGGGGUACGGCACGCGCUCGGGAUCGAUCAAUGGGAGUUUGACGUGUAGUUAUCUCGGCGCUUAUGUGCCUACGGAUGCGGCGCUGGCUUUGAAUGCGGACCUUCUUCGCGUGGUGUUGUUUGCAGCCUCUGCUGCGAUGCUGAUCAUGGUGGGACUAUAGAGCGCGCGAGUUCUGGCGUUUGAGUGAUGGAGGCUGCAUUCUUGUACUGUAAAUCAGACAUUCUUUCAAUGAGC